AUGGAUAGGAAUGAACAGUUAUUACAAGAACUUAACAUUAGUAUAGCAAUCCAGACGCACACGAACUCAGAACAAGGAGAAUGGUAUAACUUUACAGAAUGUUUUGACUAUCACAUAAUUUCUGCUAAUAAUGCAAUACUGGUACCAUACGAAAGCAGAGAGGUUUUGGAAAUAAUAAAAUGUGUAAAAAGGUUCGUAACUGAUAUGGUAUUGGGAAGGGAUCUAACAAAUCCAAUAUGUAUGGAUUUGGCUAGGUACAUUGAAAUUAUACCCCAAGCAACAGAUAUACUGUUUUAUGAUAGGUGA